AUGCAGAUAUUAAAAUUGCAUUUAACAUUCGGUUCAAAGACCGAGAGUUAUGGAGUCAUGGGAAAUCAAAGCAUGGAACAGCACCCUCGUGGAUUGCAGCUGAAAUCCCACUUGGAGAAGAGACAACUAACUAAAAAACCGAAGUACGCUGGUCCGGUAAACAAACGGAGAAAGAUGAUUUGCCGUCAGGCCGCCGAACUGGAGGUCUCUGUGAGCGCAGAGAUAGGAUGCAUGUCAACUAAAAGGAAGCCUAGUUCUAAGAUUGUGCCAGAUCGGCAAAAUCAAAAGAAGUGGCGGCAACCACAGCACCAAAACGAUUCGAGCCAGCGUGUUCACGUGACGGAAAGCAAAGAAAAACAAAAACAGGUGGGAGGAUGCAACUUAUACACCAGACGUGGGUGUUACAUCUACUCGAAUGCCAAAGGUCAGAUGCCCUGCGCCAUGACAGCUCUCUGCUGUAAGGAAACAGAAGACGCUUCAAUUGAAAGAGCUUAA